GGAGCCCCGGGGCCCUCCCCAAUCCCCUCGGCCGGGCCCCAGUGAGGCUGCGCUGCGGCUGCGGGGCCGGAUGGCCGAGCCCGCCCGCCCCGCUCCCCUCACUCGGGCGGCGGCCGGCGACGGGCGAGGAGCCGGGGCCGAGCCGGGAGAAGCAGAGCCAUGGUGUCAUGGAUCAUCUCCAGGCUAGUGGUGCUUAUCUUUGGCACUCUCUACCCAGCGUAUUAUUCUUACAAAGCCGUGAAAUCGAAGGACAUCAAAGAAUAUGUCAAAUGGAUGAUGUACUGGAUCAUAUUUGCGCUCUUCACAACAGCAGAGACGUUCACGGACAUCUUUCUUUGCUGGUUUCCAUUCUACUAUGAGCUCAAAAUAGCUUUUGUAGCUUGGCUGCUGUCUCCAUACACAAAAGGCUCCAGCCUCCUGUACAGGAAAUUUGUUCACCCAACACUGUCUUCAAAAGAAAAGGAGAUCGAUGACUGCCUCGUCCAGGCAAAAGACCGGAGCUACGAUGCCCUCGUGCACUUCGGGAAGCGGGGCCUGAACGUCGCGGCCACGGCGGCUGUCAUGGCAGCUUCCAAGGUCUCUCAGCUGCUUCAUUUACCAACUGACAUCAGUUACUUGUAUUUGGACCAGAAAAAAGGGCAGGGACAGGGAGCCUUGUCUGAGAGACUAAGGAGCUUUAGCAUGCAGGACCUCUCGACCAUCCGUGGAGACAGCAGCAGCACUGUUCCUCCGUCGGUCACUGUACGAACAAGUAGCAAACAGAGCCAGCCAAAACCAUCCAGAAGUGCAUCGGAAGGCACUGGCAGCUCAGCGUGCACGUGCUGCUCGGUGUGCCGACUCCUCCGAGAUGUGAAGGAUAAAUACGAUAAAUACGAGCAGCCCCGGCAGGCAAACUGUGAAACGCAAGGCUCUGUGUUCUCAGAUGAUGAGGACAACGCUUUGUUGGAUUGCGCAUCCACCAACAAAAGGCCCAAAAGGAAGGAUCAGCCCCUUGAGGCACCGCCUAGGACCCUCAGACCUCGCUUCAGGAAGAAAAGUACCUCGUCCUCUGCCACCGAAACAAUGAAACAGCAGCGGGAUGGAUGUGCUCAACGUGCGGCGCUGUAGACACGGCCUUUCUCUCUCUCCUCUCUCUGUACCCCGUCCCACGCUCCUCGCGCUGUCGGUGGCACGGUCAGGGCGGUCUGACGGAGCCCUGCAGAUUCAGAGCCCUCCUUUUGUUUGCAGAGCGUCCCCUUCCUCGUGCUAAUCCCGUCGGGCCGUGCAUUUACAGUUCUCGUGUGUGUCCGCGUGGCUCUGGCUCUGUGGAAGGCAAAAACACUCAGCUGCUCACGAUGCUACACGGACAGCGCGUUGAUUUGUGGCUUUACCAUUAAGGAAGGGGGCUUGGGGAAGCCACGGAUUUCUCUUCCCUCCCCUUCCUCCUCAAGGCAGUGGUGGUGGAACAAAUAUUUUGUUAUUCUGGCUGUUCAAAACGCCUCGUUAGGACUCGUUAGGGAAGGCCGAGCUGUGAUGUCGAUUCUCCUCCUGCAAGGAUUCUCUUCCUUUGAGCCAACCACCGCGCUAAAGAGCCAGAACUUAGAGAGGACGAGGAAGAGAGGUGCGAGGUGAAUGCUUUCAUCGAGGCGGUGAAAGGGGAGCCUGAAUUUUGAUCAGCCUGAGCCAGGAGAGCUUUGUGUGGAGAAUUUCCUUCUGGAGCAGGGGGUUGGUGAGAGCCGCAGUGUGUUUGUGUCCAUGUAGAUGUGUAAAAGGAGGGGAAGACGUCCUAGGGUUUGUGUAUUUGUGCUUGGUGUCUCUUGUAAGUGUUCCGCAUGUGAAUUCACACAUCCGUUAAGCGCGUGGCCCCUCGUGUUUGCUCUUGGCCCUAGACUAGCUGAAACCCUUCGCGUUACCCAGAACUGCCCUCACUGAGGGAUCCCUGCGCAGCCUGCACCACGAGCAGGGCUACUUGGCUACUGCAGGGGCAGCCCAGGAUGCCAACAGCCUGUUGGAAGGCAGCAGGCUCAGACAGAAAGCUGCAGUGGCCUUUGCUCUGCUGGAUGCGCAUCACGAUCCCGGCUGUCCCUGCCCGAGGCAGCCCCAAACUUUCCCCCAGAGCUUCCCAGGUAUGCGGGGAUGAGAGAAAUAGGCUGUGCGUGCACACAAAUAUUUUUCUGACCUGGCUGGGAAGUGGGAAAAGCAAGCAGGUGCUUCCUGAGUCUGCCACAUUUGGCCCCAUCGCCGGAGAAUUUUAUUUCCUUUACGUGUGCUAAUUAAUCGUGGCUUGCAAUGGGUGAGAAGGAAGAAGUCCUCAGAAAGUAAAUUGUAAAAACCCCAGAGUCCUAAAUAGCACUUACAGAAGAGUCAGUCCUUAUAACAUAGUCAGCAAAUGCUUUGAGGAGCUCAGCUUGUGUGUUUUAUUUUUAAGCAGCUUUGGAGUUUGUUUGAUUUAUUUUGGCAAGCGUUAAAAAGAAAGAAAAAAAACUGCCUGCGGUGUUAGCAGAAAUAAAAUCCUGUUGCAAGCAAGCUACGUUUCCCUGCUAUGCAAUAGGCUGCCAUAAGAUAAAAAGCUGACAAGUUUGCACUCAAUUAUGCCAAAAAAACCAACAAACCAUAGAGCUACAACAGCAUCUGACAAAUUCUGUUCUCAGACACGCUGCGCUAACAUUGAAUCUCACUGAAAAUAUUAAUCGUGUCUAAUCUGCUGUUUUAUUGUAAACUUGACUGUUUAGAUUCUCUUAAGUGCUGAGGUGAAAUCGUUGACAAGGGAGUUGCCUUAUAUCUCUCAAAACAUUCACUGUAUAAAGGAGAAAAAUAAACCUUUUCGUAUGUCUGGCAAAAAAAUAAUAAUAAUGUAUUAAAUUAUCAACUGAGCUGUAUAUUUGUGUAUAGAUAGACAAACGUGAAUGCCUCACCACGUCCACGUAGUGCCCUAGUGUUCUGUCCACAGACCAGCCGUGUGCUUUUGGUUUCUCCUCCUCCCCAUGCAGGCUGUUUACAGGUUUUACAGGUGUUGCCCCAGGUCUGUCCUUUCACCCUUUGGCUGUUUAUUUGAAAUAAACGCCAGCCAUGAAGUCCUUUCUCCAGCUUUGCUUCGGAGCCUGAUUCAGUGAGCGGCCUGCCUGCACUGCUGCUGACCCCUCGUGGCAAGGAGUUUGUAGGUGAGCAAAUAAAUGCAGGCCCUGGGAAAGGCAGCCUCUAGAGCUCCCAGCCUUCAGCCAGCACAAGGCUCAAGCGUAAGGUGCAGUAUUUUAAGUAAAAAUGAGGCUGAAGAGAAACUGUAUCUGGUCCGUGGUAAAUGGGGCUGUGAAUUACUUCACCAAUUUACCAUAAAUUCACCUCAGCUCUGAGGACGUCAGGCUCAGGGCAGCCCGGUCCCAUCCUCUGUGCCUGUUCUUGUCACAGCAGGCAGUGUCAGCGCAGUUUGUGCUUGCCAACUGCUGAAUCAGGAUCACAGCAGCCAGAGGGACUUCAUUUUAUCACUGUAACCACAGAACAAUCCCCCACCAAUUAAAUUGUGUAGGUGCAAACCCAGCACGGAAGGAAAACCAGGUUAUUUACUGCUAGUGAGAGGGAGAAAGCUGCUGGAAAUACAGCGCUCCUCAGCCUGGUGUAAACAACCUGCUGCCUCCGCCUGCGCCCUGAACGCCGUGUUCCCACCUAACGAAGCCCCUGCACUCGUGACAGAGCGCUCGUUAAUCACAGUCCCCUUCCUGCUGGUUGUUUGGGGUACCUGUUCUGCAUCUGGCAUCGUACUUGAAGCAGAGAACGCGGUGUCAGGAUUUGUGUUUAUCCAAACUGAGUAGGGAUCGUCGCUGUGUACUCAAUGCGAUUGCUUUGCUGCGAGCAGCAGAAGAGCCCUGUGCUGAAGCCUCCCAAGCGCGGCCGUCACGACUCCAGAGGCUGACGUUUCACUGGUUUUGUCACACCGCUCGAUACACAUCUUGAGUAAAGUCUUAAUCUUUUCUUUCAGGAAAACAACGACGAUGACAUCCUUAGUCUGUUCAAUGUAUCUGGCAGGCCAGAAUCAUUAUUUGACUGCUGUAUUAUUUUUAUCUCAAUUCUGGCUGACUGUAUAUAGAUGUACUCACUAAGUGCUGCAUGUCCUUCGGAACUUUUCUGUAUGAUGAACUGGAAAAAAAAAUACAGCUACUGAACACUCUGC